AUGGAAUUUGAACAGGCUGAAUUAAUGGACUUGAGUGAAUACGCCAAAAGUGUCAGUUCAAUUUGGGAUGUUAUUGAUGCCCCAGCAUCAUUAGUCAAUAGCCGUUCUCGCAUUAAAUUCCAGCUUAGAAUCCGUCGAAAAACUUUGUUUUACACCGUUGUUUUAAUAAUACCAACAGUAUUAAUGGCUUUUCUAUCCAUGGCUGUUUUCCUUUUGCCAACAGAUUCUGGUGAAAAAAUGACUUUAACAAUUUCUGUUUUGUUAUCUAUCGUUGUAUUUCUUUUGUUGGUUUCUAAAAUUAUGCCUCCAACUUCAUCUACCAUUCCUCUUGUUGCUAAGUAUUUGUUGCUGACUUUUACAUUAAACAUCACAACAAUAACAGUUACUGUUAUAAUUAUUAACGUCUAUCAUCGUGGGCCAACAACCCACAGAAUGCCUGACUGGGCUCGGCAUGUAUUUUUAGUGUUAAUGCCUCGUCUACUGUGCAUGAAACGCCCAAAAGCAACAAUUAAUAAUUUAACAAAGAGAAUAAGCAGCAAAAGUAUAACAACCAUUCCCGGUAUUGGAAAAUUUGAUGAAACAAUUUCUCAAAAAAUACAUCACCAAAACUGUCCCGAAGGGAGAAUUAAAGGAGCAAUACACGAACCAGAAGAGACUGGGGACCCAAUAAUUAAAAAUGGAUUUCCGUUGAGUUUAGAAGCUGCUAAAGCUGUGGAGGCUGUUGAAUACAUUACUGAACAUUUACGAAGAGAAGAGGACCAUAAAAUUCAUCGAGAUGAUUGGAGAUUUGUAGCGAUGGUAAUUGAUCGUUUCCUCCUUUAUAUUUUCUUUGGAGUUACUUUGGGUGGAACUAUAGGGGUUUUAUUUUCUGCACCAACAGUUUUUGAAUCGGUAGACCAACAAGCUAUUCUUCAGAGAUUAAUACACGCUUAUGAAAGUGGAAGACAACUUUAA